AUACCGUCACUGCUAACCUCAAUCGGAUGAACACAUUUUGACAGUUCAGCAGUACUCUUUGUAAACAGAGAUUUUUUUGUUUGUCUGUUGACAAAUUGGAUGAGUGCAUUUACGGUCCAUAUCGCCUAAAUAAAGUAUUUGCUCACGAUUUGAUACGGUUUGUUUUUGAGAUUUAUUAAAUAAAAGUGACUAGUUUCAAAGUGUAAAGAUGAUUGUUUGAAAUGUGUUCUUCGAUUUUUGUUUAGGCUUGUUUGUAAACAGUACCGCUGAACUGUCAAGGAUGAAAUUUUGUUCAUUCGUGACGUCACGAUAAAAAAUUCAAUUAGGUUUUACACGAUGACGACACAAAUGAACUGCCGAUGAAUCAAGUUCAUCUUUGACAGCUGCCGGUGGUUUGUUUUGUUUUGCGACUGCAAAUUAAAAAUUGAAAAAUGACGAAAAAUUGCCUGUUCAAAACGUGUUCCACAGUAAAAAGACAUAAAAAGAUUGCCCUUUCCAGUAUCAAGGAGCGAUAUUUGUAUAAAUAUGUUUAGUGUGAGGCGACUUGCAAUUUUUAAAUUCAAACGAUGAACCUCUAAUGAAUUUUUAUACUGUAAACAAACCACCGGCGUCUGUCAAAAGAAAGUUCAUUAUGUUCAUUUUGUGAGGUUAUGUCAUGUUCGUGUAAAACCUAAUGCCCGUCCCCCUUUGCCAGACUCUCUGUUUUGAGAGGACCAGAUUUUGAAAGUAAACAAAGAGAAAAGGUAAACAAAGAAAAAGUGACAACACAGAAACUUACAUUUGCAGUUAGGCCCUUUGGUCGUGGGAUUAUCGAAUUAUGUGAUCCUGUUUUAAGUUUUCAAUCUGCCAGCACUUCUCGUUAUUAUUGAGAUUGAACUCUGGAACAUUGGAGAUUACGUGAAAGUUUGAUUACAGAUUUCUAUUGAUUUUGAUAAUCUUUUAACUGAUUUUUUCAUAUGGCAAACAUGCGGAAAUUCGCCAAAUACUGGAGGGAAUCUGCAAGUUUGUUAAUUCUAGCGCGCGAUGGAAAUCAGGCAGCCAGUAAAACUAAAUACAAUUAUAAGGUUUUAGUUUUUAAACGAACCGAGAAAACUGCGUUUUUACCGAACAGUAUUGUGUUUCCCGGUGGUGCAUUUGAUAAACAGGAUGAAAACCCUCAGUGGAAAGAAUUUUUAUCCCAAAUGGGAGUUCCUAGUGAGCGAUUAUUGCAAUUGUCGAAAGUCGAUGGACAUCGGUCUUUUAUCUUUGAUAACAGUUCAGAUGUUCUAGAUAGAAAUGUCUCCCUACGUCUAACUGCUUUGAGAGAAGCAUUUGAAGAGUUAGGUGUACUUUUUGGUUUCCAAAAGGAAACAACCGGUCCAAGCUACGAUGGUUUCAGCCAAGCAGUGAAAGACUUUGAUAUUAGUUCGCGACAAAAGAGCAUACACGAUAGUGAAAAGUCAUUUCUGGACCUCUAUAAAGAAUUGAACGUUGUACCGGAUCUAUUCAACAUGUACGAAUGGUCCGUUUGGCUGACACCGGCAUUGUUUCGAAAACGACGUUUCGAGACUGUUUUCUAUUUAAUCGCAUUAAAUCAGAUGCCCCCAGUUUUUCCAGAGUCGCACGAAGUUGAUGAUUACAUUUGGGACACACCAUCUGGGCUGCUUCGGGCACAUAAAGAAGAAAAGCUCUGGCUGGCUCCGCCUCAAUUUUAUGAACUGACCAGGUUGAGCCAUAUGACCGACAUUGAGGAAAUUGUGCACUUUGCUCAAAAUAGGAAUCACAAAGGAAGCACCCUUUUCUGCCCGGUUCAAUACUUCUGUUCGGAUGCUACCGUUUUCGUCCUGCCUGGUGACGAUCUAUAUCCCAAAGAUUAUGAUUAUGUCACGCCACAUGAUGAUUUGGAGGCACACAAGGAAUUAACUGCAGAACAGUUCAGACGCCAGGCGCAAAAUUUGCAUCGUGCAGAACACAAGGGGUUGCAUUCUCAGACAUAUCAUAUGAAUAUUAUUCCUUUCAACCAGCAUUUAUGUGUAAAUGGCGACAAUAAACAUUUGUCAAAGUUAUAAAUAACACUGACAUGGCAAUCAAUGACAUUUUGAACAAGUGUAUAGGGUCCAUCGUUUUAUUGUUUUAAAAUAGGGGAAUGUUGAAAAUUAUAGAUAAUAAAUAGUUAAUAUUUCAUCCAACGUA